AUGUCGCCGGGGCUGGCGCGAGCCCUGCUGCUCUCACACCUGGACGAUCCACCUGCAGGGCCUGUGGCAAGCGCGGCCACUGGGCUGCUCUCUGCCAGGGUGGUUCAUCCGAAGCCGACUCAGCUGGAGGAGGAGCUUCAGCUCAAGGAGGUCCUGCAGCAAGAGGCAGCACACCCCGGAGAGGAGGCAGGAAGCAGGAGCGACACGGAGCAGGAGCUGCCCACCAUCGUGGGGUACCAGCACCGGAUCGUCUUGCGACCGGACGCCAGUCCGACGGUGUACCGGCUGAGGAGACUGCCCCUCUCCGUUCGUGAUGAGGUCUCCAAGGAGCUACAGCGACUUCUCAGAACUGGCAUCAUCGAGCGGAUCGACGCCUCACCAUGGGUGAGCCCCCUGGUGGUCUCCAGGAAGCCCGAUGGGAAGAUCCGUCUCUGCGUGGACCUCAGAGGACCGAACGCCCAGAUCGUCCCAGAGGUGCAUCCUCUGCCAACGAUCGAGGAGCUGCAGACCCGUCUCCACGGCGUCUUCUACUCCAAGCUGGACCUCAGAUCGGCCUACCACCAGCUGGAGUUGCACCCCGACAGCAGGGACAUCACCGCCUUCAUCACCCACGACGGGCUGAUGAGGUUCAAGAGGGUACCCUUCGGCCUGGUGUCAGCUGGAUCGGCUUGCCAGAAACUCCUGGACGACGUGCUGAAGGACGUUCCUGGAUGCGGACACUACAUGGACGACAUACUGGUGUCCGGCAAGACCAGAGGUCAGCACGAUGAGAGACUACGUCAAGUUCUCACCCGACUCCGAGACGCCCGAGUGACCAUCAACAUGGAGAAGUCGGUCUUCGCCAAGGAAGAAGUAGACUUCUGUGGUCAUCACCUGUCUUCUGCCGGCAUCACGCCUCGGACGGCCACGGUGGAGGCGAUGCGCGCCGCGCCGCGGCCGAGCAACUCCCAGGAGCUGCGGAGCUUCCUCGGGCUCGCAGGCUGGUUCGCGCGCUUCAUCACCGGGUACGCGGCCGUGGUCCGACCUCUCUCGGCAAUGCUCAAGAAGGACUCCGAGUUCGACUGGUCCGACGAAGCGGACACCAGCUUCAACAGGAUCAAGGAGCUGGUCACCAGCCGGCCGAUCCUACAGCCGUUCGACCCAGCUCUUCCGACGGUGGUCACCUCGGACGCUUCAGACCGCGGUGCUGGCGCCGUGUUGGCACAGCUGCACCCGGACGGCACCGAGAGACCCGUGUCGUACUGGUCUCGGAGCUUCACGGACACCGAGCAGCGCUACUCUGUGUCAGAGCGUGAGACCCUCAGCGCGGUACAGGCGGUGGAGCGUUGGAGGAUCUACCUGUGGGGCAGAUUUUUCACCCUGCGCACGGACCACUCAGCCCUGACGACUCUGCUGUCGCCGAAGUUCUCCGGCAGGGCGGGAGCUCGCGUCGCCAGGUGGCAGGCGCGUCUCCAGCCGUACGCCUACCGAGUGGUCUACACCCCUGGGAACCGGAUCCCGGUGGCCGACGCGCUGUCUCGGUUGCCGCUGGACACGUCUGACUCACCUGACAUCGACGACGGUGAAGACAUCGUGGCGCUCGUGUCAGCUGAGAUGAGUGACGAACCAGACACUCUCACGGAGGAGAGAGUGCGGCAGGAGUCGCAGUCCGAUCCAGUCUUCCAGCGGCUACGGGACACCAUCGCCACCGGCUGGCCGGACUCUGCGAGACGGUGCGCUAAGGAGAUUCAGCCGUACUUUGCGGUCCGUCAUGAGCUCCAAGCUCGUGAGGACGGGGUCAUCAUGCGCGGAAUGGACCAAGUUGUGGUCCCCAGCAAGCUGCGAGCUCAGUACGUGGAACAGGCGCAUCUCUCUCACGAUGGGAUCGUGAGGACGAAGCAGCUGGUCCGUCGGCUCUCCUGGUGGCCAGGCCAGAGCCGUGACGUCACAGAGAAGAUCAGGAACUGCCAGCAGUGUCAAGCAAGUGACAAGGUGCUCAGCGGAGCGGUCAGCCAGGCACCGCUGCAGCCAGUUCCGUUCCCCGACCGACCGUGGUCGAAGCUGGGGCUGGACGUCGUGGGACCUCUCCCGGACGUGCCUGCAUCUGCUCGCUUCGCCGUGACACUCACGGACUAUCACAGCAAGUGGGUGGAAGUUGGACUGACCCCGACUGUGACAACGGCCGACAUCAUCCGGAUCCUGGCAACGGUGUGGUCCCGUGAGGGAUACCCGGACGAACUCGUCACGGACAACGGGACGCAGUUCACCAGCCGCGAAUUUCAGUCGUACCUGAAGCAGCGCGGUAUUCGUCACCUGCGGUCAUCAGUCUACUGGCCGCGGGGGAACGGAGCGGUUGAACGCUUCAACCGCACUCUCAAGUCGUGGUUCAUCGCAGCGGUCAACCAGUCGGAAGUCCCCUUCCAGCAGUAUCUGCAGCUGCAGCUGGCGCGGUACCGGUCGUCGCCGCACUGCUCGACCGGCAGGGCGCCGUCGGAGCUGUUGCACGGCCGGAUCAUGCGACUCCAGCUGCCAGUGUUCGCCCAGCAGCCGCCUCCGGACCCCAUCGUCCGUCUCCGAGUGGAGAAACAACAGCGGCGCAACAAGCGCGCGUACGAUGCCCGGCACGCCACGCGCCGGACUCGAAUCAGCGUGGGCGACUGGGUCCGACCGAAGAAACAGGUUCAUGGGAGCAAACGACGACAGUCUCGCCAGCUGCAGCUUACCUCCGCCUGCAGCACGGGCUACGUGUCGCCCGACCGAGCGGGCGCGGCGACCUGA